ACAGAGUAUUCAUACUCCAACCAACCCCCUCUUUCCCUAAAAUCACGACCAUUAUAUACCACUACCCCUCCUCCUUUCUUCCACUACAAAUUAACGCUCUUUCUCUCUCAACAUAUAUAUACUAACCAGCAUAUCUGUAUAUGUAUGUAUGGAUCAUAAUAUGACUACAAAACAUAUGUCUUAUGGUAACAUGUUCAGAACAGAAACAGGGUACACAGACAUAGAAAAAAGGCAGCUAUUCUUGAGAAGCUAUCAAUUUAGCAGGAAGCAGAGUGUAAGUGAAAAGAUCAAAAAGUCUUUCUUUAGAGUGAAAAGGGUGAUAUGGGUAAAGCUCAGAUCAGCAAGAAAAAUCAGGAAAUUGGUUUGGUUGAGGCUCAAAUAUGGUAUCUUUGGUUAUAGAAGGAGAAGGUUUUUUCGUCGACUUUCAAAUUCAAGUUAUUAUAAUAGUACUUCUGGGUGUUCAUCUUCUUGUUUCUGGUAGGAUAAUGAACUUUUCUUUAGUAUUCUUUGGCUUAUUUGGGAUAUUUAAUUAUGUAGUAGCAGUGGGUUGUGUUUAAACUUAGUACUGGAGGAGAAGGAAAGCUAGUAUGAACAUCAGAACAUGCCCAAAUCUUGAAGUUCUCUGCUGACUUUAUUUUCUCCAGUUACUUUUACGUAUGUAUACAUAUCUUUUAGUAGUCUAGUCAAAUUUGGGGUAUCAGCUCUAUUGUUAUCAGUUUUUUUUUUCUUU